AUGGCUCCAGGAUUCGACCAACUCUCUGACCACGACUUCGAAGAUGAAGCAGACAAUAUCGACUUCAGUGACCUGAAAGAACGAUAUGAUGUGCGCAUGGAAGAAGGCCUCGAUACUUUUGUCGUUAUUGAUGGCCUUCCGAUCGUGAAUCAAGAGCAAAGAUCCAAACUCAUCAAGUUUUUGCUCAAGAGGCUCAACUCCGUUGGACGCAUAAAAGAUGGCGAGGAGUCGGUAUUCAUGCCCAUGAAUGACCAGGGAAUGUCCGAAGGCUUUGCCUUUGUCGAGUAUCAAACACCUGAACAAGCCAUCGCAGCCACCAAACAACUCCACGGAACAGCCCUGGACAAAAGACACACUCUAGCAGUUAACAAGCUCACAGACAUUGAAAAAUACGGCAGAGAAGGAAGGAUAGAUGAAGAAUAUGUCCCACCGGAGAUCGAACCGUUUGCAGAUCGUGAACAUCUCAGGUCAUGGCUCUUUGAUCCCCAAGCUCGAGACCAAUUCGUCAUGUUCCGCGGUGACAAUGUGGGGGUUUUCUGGAACAAUAAGAAGGAACCACCUGAGCCCAUCGUCGACCGCAAACACUGGACACAGCUUUUCGUUUCUUGGUCACCCCAUGGGACGUAUCUUGCUUCUAUCCAUCAGCAAGGUGUUCAAUUAUGGGGUGGGCCAUCUUUCAAGAGAAUCAGACAAUUCCCGCAUCCUUUUGUCAGCUUGAUCGAGUUCUCGCCUGGAGAAUCAUACUUGACAACAUGGUCGAAUCAGCCCAUCACCGUCGAAGAGGGCAAAGGGCCUCUUUCCAUUGACGAAGAAGGCAAGCACAUCGUUGUCUGGGACAUCACGACGGGUAAACCACUGCGAUCUUUUGUCGCGCACGAUCUUACGCCUCCUCCAGGCGCGGAUGCGGCAGCAAUCCCGCCAAAAGCCAAAGUUCAGUGGCCAGCGUUUAAAUGGUCUGCUGAUGAAAAGUACGUCGCGAGGAUGAAGCCUCAUGAGAGCAUCUCCAUCUACGAACUUCCCAGAAUGAACCUCUUGGAUAAGACAUCCGUCAAGGCCGAAGGAAUCAUGGAUUUUGAAUGGGCUCCCUCCACAACCCAACGGGAGGGUAUCAAGACAUAUGAAUCACUCCUCUGCUUUUGGACCCCGGAGAUAGGAUCCAACCCGGCGAAGGUUGCGUUGAUGUCCGUUCCUUCGAAGGAGAUUGUGAGAACCCGGAACCUCUUCAAUGUCACCGAUGCAAAACUUCACUGGCAGUCGGAAGGAAAGUUCAUUUGUGUCAAAGUGGAUCGCCACUCAAAGUCCAAGAAAUCCAAUGCGACGAACCUUGAAAUAUUCCGCAUCCGAGAAAAGGGUGUCCCAGUCGAAGUGGUCGACUCUCUCAAGGAUACUGUCAUCAAUUUCGCAUGGGAACCUAAGGGCGAUAGGUUCGUGUUGAUUACCGCAGGCGAAGCGGUCGCUGGUAGCAACGUCCUUCCCAAGACAUCUGUCUCGUUCUUUGCCCCUGAGAAAACAAAAGGCCCCGGGACGGGAGCGUUCAAGCUUGUGCGCACGUACGAUAAGAAAAACUCCAAUGGAAUCUACUGGUCACCAAAAGGUCGAUUCGUUGUCGUUGCCACGGUCAGCGUGCAACAGCAUUCAGACAUCGACUUUUAUGACCUGGAUUAUGAGGGCGAAAAGACUGAGCAGGACGUUGCAGCAAAUCUAAAUGCGAACCUCAUGCUGAUGAAUAGUGAGGAUCACUAUGGUAUGACAGAUGUGGACUGGGAUCCCACGGGUAGAUAUGUCACGACGAGUGCUAGUAUGUGGACUCACCAGAUGGAAAACGGCUGGCGUCUCUGGACCUUUUACGGCGCCCCUCUCUCCGAACACCCCACGGAGAAGUUCAAGCAACUGAUCUGGCGGCCUCGGCCGCCUACCCUCCUUAGCAAAGAAGAACAGCGCACGAUCCGCCGCAACCUGCGCGAAUACUCGAAAGAAUUUGACGAGUUGGACAAGGAGAUGGAAGAAGGAGCGAACCAGGCGGUCAUUGACGCAAGGAGGAGGCUGUACAUGGAGUGGUAUAGCUGGGUGGCGAGGGAGAAGGAGCUGCUGAGGCAGGAGAGAGAAGAGCUCGGCCUGAAGGAUCCCGACGAGGAGUUGGCUCUUCAAAAGACCAGAAGUCUCGAAGAAGAGGGCGAAAAGGUUGUGGAGGAAGUGGUCGAGGAGGUGAUUGAGGAAACAGAGGAGGUUGUGUAG